AAUUGCUAAUGAAAAAGUGAUCCAAUACAGUUCACCAGGUUCAAUCAACUUCAGAGAAAAAUAACAGAUGGAUUCUAAUGUUCGGGAUGAAAGUCAUCGUUAUGAGGCUGAGGUAAAGGGAAAUGGUCUACACCUCUGGCCGGUUCCCGCUGGUGCAUCAGGUGAAGGUUUGCCAUAUGCUCCAAUAGAUUGGCCUAACCCAGGUGAUAACUGGACUUGGAAGGUUGGAAAGAGGAAAACAGGUGCUGGGUUCUGGUGUGAUAGGUACUUGUAUACUCCAACCAGUUUUCAGAAGACCAUGCUCAAGAAACAGAGAUUUGCCAGCAUGCUAUCAGUUGAACAAUAUAUCCGGAAGGAAUUCCCUGAUAAGGAUCUUAAUGCCUUCUUUUCUACUUUUAGUUGGAGGAUCCCUGCAGAACCGACAAAAGACGAACCAAUUGCAUUGGGUGUUUUGUAUCCUGAGGAAGACAUGCCUGAAAACUCCAAUUCAAGGCCUAGGAGUAUGGAUUGUAAGGCUAGAAAUAGGAUGUGCAAUCUCCAACUACCAGCAGGGAACUAUUCUCUACCUGCCAUGGAUUGUAAUAUAUGUUGCAGUGAACCUGGUUUUUGUCGUGACUGUUGUUGUAUACUUUGCUGUAAGACUAUUGAUUGGACAUAUGGAGGUUAUAGUUUUAUUCGAUGUGAAGUAAAGGUGGAUGAGAACUAUAUUUGUGGGCAUGUUGCACACAUGGACUGUGCUCUUCGUUCCUACAUGGCAGGGACUGUUGGAGGAAACAUUGGAUUAGAUGUUGAGUAUUACUGCCGACGUUGCGAUAAGAGGACGGAUCUUAUUCCACAUGUUAGAAGGCUUCUACAGACCUGUGAAUCUCUUGAUGCUCGGGAGGAGAUCGAAAAGAUUUUGAGCAUGGGUUUGUGCAUUUUACUUGGUUCACAAAGAACAAGCGCAAAGAAGUUGCUGAAUCAUAUGGAGUUGGCUAUGACAAAGCUUAAACAGGGGAGAAGAGUGAAUAACAUCACACAAACAAAAAAAUAA